UUGUGAGAGUGGACAGACAUCCCAGAUCUCAGAGCCCCAUAUUCGAGCCCCGUGGGAUACCGCGGCCCCCAGCCUGCGCCAGCAUGCAGAACAGUCACAGCGGAGUGAAUCAGCUCGGUGGUGUCUUUGUCAACGGGCGGCCACUGCCGGACUCCACCCGGCAGAAGAUCGUAGAGCUAGCUCACAGCGGGGCCCGGCCGUGCGACAUUUCCCGAAUUCUGCAGACCCAUGCAGAUGCAAAAGUCCAAGUGCUGGACAAUCAAAACGUGUCCAACGGAUGUGUGAGUAAAAUUCUGGGCAGGUAUUACGAGACUGGCUCCAUCAGACCCAGGGCAAUCGGUGGUAGUAAACCGAGAGUAGCGACUCCAGAAGUUGUAAGCAAAAUAGCCCAGUAUAAGCGGGAGUGCCCGUCCAUCUUUGCUUGGGAAAUCCGAGACAGAUUACUGUCCGAGGGGGUCUGUACCAACGAUAACAUACCAAGUGUGUCAUCAAUAAACAGAGUUCUUCGCAACCUGGCUAGCGAAAAGCAACAGAUGGGUGCAGACGGCAUGUAUGAUAAACUAAGGAUGUUGAACGGGCAGACCGGAAGCUGGGGCACCCGCCCCGGUUGGUAUCCGGGGACAUCGGUGCCAGGGCAACCUACUCAAGAUGGCUGCCAGCAACAGGAAGGAGGGGGAGAGAAUACCAACUCCAUCAGUUCCAAUGGAGAAGAUUCAGAUGAGGCCCAAAUGCGACUUCAGCUGAAGCGGAAGCUGCAAAGAAAUAGAACAUCCUUUACCCAAGAGCAAAUUGAGGCCCUGGAGAAAGAGUUUGAGAGAACCCAUUAUCCAGAUGUGUUUGCCCGAGAAAGACUAGCGGCCAAAAUAGAUCUACCUGAAGCAAGAAUACAGGUCUGGUUUUCUAAUCGAAGGGCCAAAUGGAGAAGAGAAGAAAAGCUGAGGAAUCAGAGAAGACAGGCCAGCAACACACCUAGUCAUAUUCCAAUCAGCAGUAGUUUCAGCACCAGUGUCUACCAACCAAUCCCACAACCCACCACGCCUGUUUCCUCCUUCACAUCUGGCUCCAUGUUGGGCCGAACAGACACAGCCCUCACAAACACAUACAGUGCUUUGCCGCCCAUGCCCAGCUUCACCAUGGCAAAUAACCUGCCUAUGCAACCCCCAGUCCCCAGCCAGACCUCUGCGUACUCCUGCAUGCUGCCCACCAGCCCUUCGGUGAACGGGCGGAGUUAUGACACCUACACCCCCCCACAUAUGCAGACACACAUGAACAGUCAGCCAAUGGGCACCUCGGGCACCACUUCCACAGGACUCAUUUCCCCUGGUGUGUCAGUUCCAGUUCAAGUUCCUGGAAGUGAACCUGAUAUGUCUCAAUACUGGCCAAGAUUACAGUAAAAAAAACAAACAAACAAAAAAAACAAUCAAAAAACAAACAAACAAAAGGAAAGGAUAUAUUGUGUUAAUUCAGUCAGUGACUAUGUGGACACAGCAGUUGGACGUUCCUUGGAAGGAAAGAAAAAUGGCUGUUAGAAGCACUUCAGUACUGCAAUUGUGUCCUGUGUUGAACCACUGGGGAAUGGACUUGAAACAAGGACCUUUGUAUACAGAAGGCACGAUAUCAGUUGGAACAAAUCUUCAUUUUGGUAUCCAAACUUUUAUUCAUUUUGGUGUAUUAUUUGUAAAUGGGCAUUUGUAUGUUAUAAUGAAAAUAAGAACAACGUAGACUGGAUGGAUGUUUGAUCUCUGUUGGUCAUGAAGUUGUUUUAAAAAAAAAAGGAAAUCAUGAUCAACAAGCUUUGCCAUGAAUUUGAGUUUUAUCAAGAUAUAUCGAAUACUUCUACCCAUCUGUUCAUAGUUUAUGGACUGAUGUUCCACGUUUGUAUCAUUCCUUUGCAUAUACUUAAACCUGGAACAACAUGCACUAGAUUUAUGUAAGAAAUAUCUGUUGGUUUUCCAAAGGUUGUUAACAGAUGAAGUUUAUGUGCAAAAAAAGGGUAAGAUAUAAAUUCAAGGAAGAAAAAAGUUGAUAGCUAAAAGGUAGAGUGUGUCUUCGAUAUAAUCCAAUUUGUUUUAUGUCAAAAUGUAAGUAUUUGUCUUCCCUAGAAAUCCUCAGAAUGAUUUCUAUAAUAAAGUUAAUUUCAUUUAUAUUUGACAAGAAUACUCUAUAGAUGUUUUAUACACAUUUUCAUGCAAUCAUAAGUUUCUUCUUUGGCCAGCAAAAGUUAAUUGUUCUUAGAUAUAGUUGUAUUACUGUUCACAGUCCAAUCAUUUUGUGCAUCUAGAAUUCAUUCCUAAUCAAUUAAAAGUGCUUGCAAGAGUUUUAAA